AUUGCACCCAAUCAGUUUUAUGUAUCUUGAGGUGAUUUCAACCACCUUUAAAGCCAACAUAACUGAUAACAUGAGUCCUUUGUUUUCGUACCAGGAUUUUGAUAAUCCUGAGCCAGGUCAUUUUGUUCAAUGGCUCACAGCUUCCUUGAUUUUUUACUUCUGCCUCCUGGCUUUUGUGAUGGAUUUAGACUUAAAAGGUAAAAGAAAAACUAUAAAUUUGAGGUUUGAACAAAAGAAGAAAACGCAAGACUUAGUGCUGUUUGGGAUGCUGGUAGAAGGUACCAUGUUGCCAUGAAUGUUAGGAGUUACCAUGGCAGCAAAUCAAGAGAAGUGGAAAGAAGUUUUUUAAAUUUAAAAUUUUUAUUUUUGAGAAAGAGCUGACAACAAAUCUCUAGUCAUCUGUGCCUGAAUAAACCACCAUUUAUCUU